CAGCCUCAACCCUCACAAUCUGGCGCAAUUUUUGCUAUAAAUCAAAUCGACAAGGUAAUUUCAAUUUAGGGUUUUAAGGUGAACAAAAAAUGAAAGCUUCAUUGAAAUUUCGUGAAGAGAAGAAGCCAGUACUGAGAGCCAAAAUACCUCUCAGCAUCUUAGGCCUGCCCUUUCAAUCAGGUAUCGUCGCCGGCGAUUCGAAGGAGCUCGCCUUAAAUCUCUCCACUUUCUUCGAAUCUGGACCGUCCAUCAAGAUCUCCUAUCGACCUAAUGACGGGUGGAACCCUUUCUCUGUCAUCGUCAAGACCGGGACCGGACCCUUUGGUUCUCCCAUCUCCAGCUCCAUGCUCAUGAGUGCCGAGUUUAACCUCCUUGGCCGUGGAAACCCUAGCUUUAUGCUUCACUUCAAGCCCCAGUUUGGGGAUUUCUCGAUCAAGAAAUCACAGUCUUCUGUUUUCGAUAAAGCCGUGAAGCCGAGCAACGGCCGUGUUUUGGAGGAUGAUUCGUCGAUUGAAGUGAUGGAUUGUCCUGCUGUUAAAGGCGAUUCGAUCGGGUUCUUUGCCGAUAAAAGAAAACUGGUGGGUUUCAAUCCGAAGGAUUUUGCGGGGUUACUCUCUGGGAUGGAGAUAGCAGCGAGGACGGCGGUGCCUGUGAAGGGAAAGACUUUGGUUAAAUUCCGUUGGGGGAUGAGGAUUCCAUCAGAGUUGAAGAGUGGUGAUCCGAAGAUUGGGUUUUCGUUGGCGAAGAUUCCAUUCUUGGUGAUGGAUAAGAUCGGGAUAGAACACGUGGAUGGCACUGAUUCCAAACAGGCUAUAUUAUCCACCGCCAGUAGAUCGGGUCCAGAGACUGGCCCUAUUUCCGACGCGGCGGAAGUGUGUUAUACAAUCAAGCGACAGUUGGAAGCUUUGCAGUCUGAGAAUGGCUCAUUGAGGAGAGCCGUAGAGGAGCUCGCACAUGAAAUUUCUUUGGGAAAAUAUAGAGAAAUAGAAAGAAAUGGGUUUAGCAAGCCGAAAACGGAGAGAGAUGAGACAAUGAGAAGAAAUCAAUCGAAGAUGGAGAGAGUAAACAAGGAGAGGAAAUCAGUGGAAGGGGAUUUGAGCGAGGAGUUGAAGAAAGCAUUGAAAGGAGCUUGAAUUUGGUUGCAUAUAAUGGUAAUGUAAGCUUAAGCUUUGGUUUUAAGGCUUUAUGUUCGAAUUGGUAAUGCUACAAAUUAGAUUCAAUUUUGCAUGCAAAUUUCUUUUAGAAUAUUUGAGUAUAGAAUUAGCUGGUGCUAGUUGUGAAUAAUCCAAUUGUAGAUUGGGUUGAUUUGCUUUCUAUGGAAGCUAGGAAUGCAAUAGGGAAGGAAGCAUGUAAAAACAUGCAGUAAGGAACUUAACAUUUGAUACACAGAUCAAGCCCUGUUCAACAUCGGAAAUGCUCAACCAUUUGCAUAACAAGCUUAUGAGAUUAUUUUGUAGUUUGGCCAUUUGCAUAAGAAGCUUUGAGAGAUUCUGGUUAGGGGUGUAAAUGAAU